AGACAUUUCUCAGAGUUUGUAUACACCCUCGUUUGUAGAUAUCCUGUGUGUUCUCUGAAACUUUAUUGCUGCUCAGCUUUGUGUGUGUGUGUGUGUGUGUGUGUGUGCAUGCACACACGUGCGUAUGUGUAAAGAAGGAGAUUAGGACAUUUAGAGAAGGAGGGCGGGGAGGAGAGAUCCUGAGAAUAGAAAGGAGGAAAGAAAAAAAGAGGGAAUGGAAAGAGACAGAGAAAGGAAAUGGGAGUGGAAGGAGGGAGGACUGCUUUGUAGCUGCUAAGAUUGCAGACAGAAAUAGCACACAACCACCGUGAGCUGUAUGCGAUUCAGAAACCAAGACCAAAUUUUGUUCACUUUCAUUAAUCAGUUGCUCAGAGAGAAGGAAAUGACAUCUGGUCCUGUCUUCUUCUACAUCUUAAUUAUUGGAAAAUAUUUUUCUCAUGGGGGUGGACAGGAUGUCAAGUGCUCCCUUGGCUACUUCCCCUGUGGGAACAUCACAAAGUGCUUGCCUCAGCUCCUGCACUGUAACGGUGUGGACGACUGUGGGAAUCAGGCCGAUGAGGACAACUGUGGUGAGUGAAGCCCCUACAGUCACGGAGACAACAAUGGAUGGUCUUUGCAAUUUGACAAAUAUUUUGCCAGUUACUCCAAAAUGACUUCCCCAUAUCCCUUUGAGGCAGAAACACCUGAAUGUUUGGUCAGUUCUGUGCCAGUGCAAUGUCUUUGCCAAGGUCUGGAGCUUGACUGUGAUGAAACCAAUUUACGAGCUGUUCCAUCAGUUUCUUCAAAUGUGACUGCAAUGUCACUUCAGUGGAACUUAAUAAGAAAGCUUCCUCCUGAUUGCUUCAAGAAUUAUCAUGAUCUUCAGAAGCUGUACUUGCAAAACAAUAAGAUUACAUCCAUCUCCAUCUAUGCUUUCAGAGGACUGAAUAGCCUUACUAAACUGUAUCUUAGUCAUAACAGAAUAACUUUCCUGAAGCCGGGUGUUUUUGAAGAUCUUCACAGACUAGAAUGGCUGAUAAUUGAAGAUAAUCACCUCAGUCGAAUUUCCCCACCAACGUUUUAUGGACUAAAUUCUCUUAUUCUCUUAGUCCUGAUGAAUAAUGUCCUCACCCGUUUACCUGACAAACCUCUCUGUCAACACAUGCCGAGACUACAUUGGCUGGACCUUGAAGGCAACCAUAUCCAUAAUUUAAGAAAUUUGACUUUUAUUUCCUGCAGUAAUUUAACUGUUUUAGUGAUGAGGAAAAACAAAAUUAAUUACUUAAAUGAAAAUACUUUUGCACCUCUCCAGAAACUGGAUGAAUUGGAUUUAGGAAGUAAUAAGAUUGAAAAUCUUCCACCGCUUAUAUUCAAGGACCUGAAGGAGCUGUCACAAUUGAAUCUUUCCUAUAAUCCAAUCCAGAAGAUUCAAGCAAACCAAUUUGAUUAUCUUGUCAAACUCAAGUCUCUCAGCCUAGAAGGGAUUGAAAUUUCAAAUAUCCAACAAAGGAUGUUUAGACCACUUAUGAAUCUCUCUCACAUAUAUUUUAAGAAAUUCCAGUACUGUGGGUAUGCACCACAUGUUCGCAGCUGUAAACCAAACACUGAUGGAAUUUCAUCUCUAGAGAAUCUCUUGGCAAGCAUUAUUCAGAGAGUAUUUGUCUGGGUUGUAUCUGCAGUUACCUGCUUUGGAAACAUUUUUGUCAUUUGCAUGCGACCUUAUAUCAGGUCUGAGAACAAGCUGUAUGCCAUGUCAAUCAUUUCUCUCUGCUGUGCCGACUGCUUAAUGGGAAUAUAUUUAUUCGUGAUCGGAGGCUUUGACCUAAAAUUUCGUGGAGAAUACAAUAAGCAUGCGCAGCUGUGGAUGGAGAGUACUCACUGUCAGCUUGUAGGAUCUUUGGCCAUUCUGUCCACAGAAGUAUCAGUUUUACUGUUAACAUUUCUGACACUGGAAAAAUACAUCUGCAUUGUCUAUCCUUUUAGAUGUGUGAGACCUGGAAAAUGCAGAACAAUUACAGUUCUGAUUCUCAUUUGGAUUACUGGGUUUAUAGUGGCUUUCAUUCCAUUGAGCAAUAAGGAAUUUUUCAAAAACUACUAUGGCACCAAUGGAGUAUGCUUCCCUCUUCAUUCAGAAGAUACAGAAAGUAUUGGAGCCCAGAUUUAUUCAGUGGCAAUUUUCCUUGGUAUUAAUUUGGCCGCAUUUAUCAUCAUAGUUUUUUCCUAUGGAAGCAUGUUUUAUAGUGUUCAUCAAAGUGCCAUAACAGCAACUGAAAUACAGAAUCGAGUUAAAAAAGAGAUGAUCCUUGCCAAACGUUUUUUCUUUAUAGUAUUUACUGAUGCAUUAUGCUGGAUACCCAUUUUUGUAGUGAAAUUUCUUUCACUGCUUCAGGUAGAAAUACCAGGUACCAUAACCUCUUGGGUAGUGAUUUUUAUUCUGCCCAUCAACAGUGCUUUGAACCCAAUUCUCUAUACUCUGACCACAAGACCAUUCAAAGAAAUGAUUCAUCAGUUUUGGUAUAACUACAGACAAAGAAGAUCUAUGGACAGCAAAGGUCAGAAAACAUAUGCUCCAUCGUUCAUCUGGGUGGAAAUGUGGCCACUGCAGGAGAUGCCACCUGAGUUAAUGAAGCCGGACCUUUUCACAUACCCCUGUGAAAUGUCACUGAUUUCUCAAUCAACAAGACUUAAUUCCUAUUCAUGACUGACUCUGAAACUCAUUUCUUCACAGAGAAUACUGUGGGGGUGCUUCAUGAGGGAUUUACUGGUAUGAAAUGAAUACCACAAAAUUAAUUUAUAAUAAUGGCUAAGAUAAAUAGUUUACAAGGACAUGAGGAAAAAUAAAAAGGACUAAUGCUCUUACAAAGGGAAGUAAUUAUAUCAAUUACAUAUAUAUAUAUAUGUAGACAUUUUAUGUAAGAAAUUAAGAGAAAUCUACUUCAGUAACAUUCAUUCAUUUUUCUAACAUGCAUUUAUUGAGUACCCACUACUAUGUGCAUAGCAUUGCAAUAAAUUCCUAGAAGUAGACAGUGCAGAACCUUUCAAUCUGUAGAUUGUGUUUAAUUACAAAAGACUAUACAAAGUCCAUCUGCAGUUCCUGAAGUAGAGCUUUGCCUGUCAUGUGCAUCAGCAAGAAUCAUAGGCACUUUUAAAUAAAGGUUUAAAGUUUUGGAAUACUCAUUGUAAUUGCAUCAUAUAAAAUGUCUGACUGUUUGCAAAAUAAUAUUCUGUUUUAAGAAUCCAUCUUACCUCUCUUUAAGUCUCUAUACAUUUGAAAGCCAACACAACAUAUUUAUUACUAUGAAAAAAAGAUGCUUUGCUAGAAACACAAAAACAGCACUUCUUUUGGCACUUCCUGGCCAAUUUUCUCUUUGCUUUAAAUGAACAUCAUCAAAUGAGAUUGAAAUAGGAGAGUAUGAGUACUGCAGAGAAGUGGAUCAGAAAAGCUAGGAUGAGGAUAAACAUUUAGAUCAGUGGAAACUCCUGAAAUAAAUCCUCGUAUGGUCAGUUAACUGAUUUUCAACAAGGAUGCCAAGACAAACAUAAAAAGGCUUUGCAACAAACUGCGCUGUUUUAAGAACAGACUUAAGUGGUUUAAUUCACCCACUUUAGAUGGGUGAAUGUUAUGGUAUGUGAAAUAUCUCAAUAAAGCAGUUAAAAGGAAAAAGAGCUAGAAUGCACUGAUUCAGGAACUUAAUUUGAGGAAGGGAAGUCUAUGUACAUAGGUACAUGUUUCACUUUAAGCAGAAAAUCGUUCUUCAAGAAAUGACUUUACCUUCUCUUUAAACUGCCAGCACGUAAGAUACUAACUUUUUAACUAGUUGUUCUUCUCUAGUCUCUAAGUUAUUAGAAUUUUUUGCUUUCAUAAUUUAAAACCUUUAAGUAGGAGAAGAAAAUGUUUUCAGAUAGUUUCAAAUACACCAAAAACAUCUGAAACACAAAAAUACUGGAAUCAAACCAUAAUGCACUUAUCAAAUAUAUAGUUGUAUAGAUUUAUUUUGAAAAUAAAUUAUCUGAAAUUUAA